AUGUCGUCCAGAUUCCCCCCAUCGUCCGGGUUUAAUUCCCGCGACCGUUCCCCCCGCUUCGGGGACCGUCGUACGGCUGCCGGUCCCCGUGGCCCUGACGACGGCAACGUUCCAUUCGGCAGGGAGCCCCCAAGUGCCCCGCGCGCUCUACGUGGCCUGGUUGAUUCCCCUCGAGGCCAUUUUGGUGGACGAGGUCGUGGAUAUGGCCGAGGCGAAUUCCGAGAUCGAGAUCGAGACCACAGGGACCGCGAUCGCGAAUUUCGAGAUUCUCGCGAUGCGCCGCCAUUCCGUCGUGACAUGGACCGUGAUUGGGGUCGCCGCGAUCGCGACUUUGAUCCCCGAGACAACCGCAUGGGCUUCGGACGUGGCCGUUCCAGAUCCCCAACACGCGACUUUCGUGACGUGAGAGAACCCCCCAGCCGCGAUUUCGACGUGGUUCGCAUGCGCCGCAACUCCAGAGACAGCAUCUUGUCCGCAUCUUCUGGUGGCCCUGAUGGCCCACCAUCUAAUGGGGGUCAUCCCCGAGGUGGCUCUAUGCGUGGCCGAGGAAGAGGAGACUGGGAAGGUGGUCGCGGACGGGGUCGCCCAUCUUUCUUCGAUGACCGUGAGCAAUUCCGCCGACGAAGUCGAUCUCGUGAUACAUGGCGAGACCGCGGCAGAGACCGUAUGAUGGAUCGGGACCGUGAUCGUGAUAGAGACAUGAACAUGGACCGAGAUCGCCCUCCUCUAGACCGCCCACCUAUGGACCGACCUCUCCUUGAUAGACCUCUCGAUCGACCCCCUCUCGACCGUCCCCCACUUGAUCGUCCGCCUAUGGACCGUCAGUCUAUCGAUCGUCAGCCUAUGGAUCGUCCCCCUAUGGAUCGUCCCCCCAUGGAUCGCCCCAUUUUGGACCACCCUAUGUUGGACCGCGCCCUCUCAGACCGCAUUCCUCUGGACCGCGAUCGUGGAUUAGACCGAGACCGUGAUAUUAUGCGAGACCGUGAACGUGAUCGUAAUAUUGAUCGACGCGAACGCUUUGAUCGGCGUGAAGAUUGGCAGAUGCGUGGACCGGACCGAGAGUAUCGGGACCGUUCUGUCGAGCCAUGGAAAAGAGAACAUCCCCCAAACCGUGCAGACAACCGUGCCGGCUCAAUUGCCCAUGGGGCGCCUUCAUCCGUAGGCGCGCCUGUUCCGGAGCGUAUGCCUGAUCAAGGUCCCCAAGAUCAGGCUCGCAAGGCUUCCAUCAUUUCUAGUGCCGGCGGACAUGAAGCUAGACGCGAGAGUGAUCGAUCUGAAAUCCCUCCCCUACGCUCUGAACCCCCUAAGGAUUUAGGACCAUCCAACCAGCACUCACCUCCCCCGUCAGCACCACAGGUCCCCGCAUUUGGCUCAAUGACUGCUCCAAUACCUUCAGUACCACCAAUGAAAGGGCCCUCCGAAGGGCGCACUUUAAGCGACGCAUCGACCCAAGCGGAGAAGUCUCAGAACGAAAAGCCUAAGGCGUUACCCCAAGCUCCCACAGGCCCCAAAGCAGGACGCAAUGACUCAACAGCACAACCUUCAGAUAUCUCAAGCCAGCUCUCCGACAGCCGCCCACCUCAGGAAGCCCAGAGGACAUUCGCGCAGACAUCGGACCGAUCCCCACCGACUGCACCAGCUGCAAUGGCGAAGCGGGAUUCAUUGAAUGGCCAAAUAGAGUCACAGGGACCACAAAAGCCGCACACCGUAUCCACAUCUCCCACUAUCUCUCGCUUGCCUCCUCCACCAAGGUCACUUUCACGCGAUCGCUCAAUUUCCCCUCGAAUGCAGGCAUCCAACAUUCCUACUGGCCCACGAGGAUAUCCACGAUCAGGCUCAUCACCGCGAGGAGGGAGCAAAGGAAACAAGCCUUGGGGUCGUUCCGGAUACAAUCGUGCACCAUCUGUAUCUACCGGGCCACCGAAGAAAGAACCCGACGAGCAAGAGUCCAUGCGUCCGCCCAUCGAAAAACCCACAGAGGAGAAUCGGCAGACAUCGUCAGGCUCGAGGGAUGAUUCUCAAAAAGAAGCCACCAUUACUGCUGAACCUAAUCAUGCCACAUCUCCAAGCUCACCGUCUAUGAAACUUACCAUCCGCAGCAGCCCGCCACCGGCACCAAUGAUUCAGUCCCCACCUAAGGACGAUGAGCAGGCGCGGAAGCUAGAGCACAGGCUAGAGAGGCCAGACCAGAAGCCGGAGCAGAAGCUGGAGCAGAAGCUGGAGCAGAAGCUGGAGCAGAAGCCAGAGAAGAAGCCCGACCCGGCACCGGGUCCAGAUGUCGAGCCGAAGCAACAGAAUCAGCUAGAGCAGAUCCCAUAUCAGGAACCGAGCAAACAACCGCAACCAGUUCCUGCGCAAGAAGAAAAUCAGCCCGUGCUACAAGAGCAGCCAAAGCUGAAACAAUCGGAACAACAGCAUGAUGAGUCGGAACCAGCAGAGAAAGGCGAAUCUGCCCUUAUCCCUGGGUUUGGACAGUCCAGUGAUGAAGAUGACGAGGAAAACGAGGUCUUCAGUCACGAAUACUUAGAAGAACGGAAGCGCAGUUUCGAAAGGGAUAUGGAGCUCCUUCGAGCCGAGAUACCCCCUUCUCCUUUGGAAGAUCCCCAUAUUGUCUCUCUCCUUUUGAGAAUACAACUACUGGGUAAGAUUGCCCAAGAAGAGACAGCGGAUCCAGCCCCAGCAGAGCCUUUGCCCUCUCUUGAAGAAAAUGCUGUGCCUGCCGUGUCCACUGUGGAGCGAGUUGUCACGUUUGCUCCAACCACAGCUGAAGGCAUAAUUGAGCCGGUAUCUCAAGCUGCCAUCCCACCCGCUGUGGUGCAUUCCGAAAUCACUGUCGAUGGGCUGCCCUUCUUAAGUGAUGGGCCCCCAACUCCACUCUCUGAUAUGGAAAUAUGCCAGGACAAUGACUCCACGAAAAUACAGCUCAAGGAGGCGUUUCUCAACGAGCUCUCCAAGCAACAAAAGGAGAUUGCGAAGAAGAAUGCUGCGCUCAGAGCAGAGUACAUGGCUCAUUACAAGCCUUGGCGGUUGCACGUCUGGGAGCUAGAUCGUCUCAAAAACAAGAAGCCUAUGACUCCUGGUCCGGCCUCUCCACCACCAUCCACAGUCCCUGUUACUCCAACUGUGAUGCCAGAAGGUCGUGAAGGUCGACGAUACAAGGGCAAUAGCGAGUUGGAUUUCCUCAAUGCUUUGAAGGCAUCCGAGAUCUCUGCACAGGAAGAGUUGGAGCGACGGAAAACAAAAAUGGUCACCGCUCGUCCUGACUUGUCCCGUGAGGCCAUCAUCCCGGAAAUGCUGGAGCCACAAGAGGCAAAGGCCCGAAUUUACAAGGAUGUCAAUAAUGCCGUGGAAACUGAUAAUGCCAUGGAUGUAUUCGGCUUCCUGCCACCACCCAACGAUUUUACUAAGGAAGAGCACACGAUGUUCACCGAUGCUUUCAUGGCCUAUCCCAAAAAAUGGGGCAAGAUCGCCGAGGCCUUGCCUGGCCGAGAUUUCCAGCAGUGCAUUGUCCACUACUAUCUCACAAAAGAGGAAAUCAAGUACAAGGCGAAGCUCAACAAGCGGUGGAGCAAGCGAGGCAAGAACAAGACCAGGUCCGCUCGGCCUAAAUCCAAUGCUCUCAUUGCUGAUUUGGGUGUGGUCAAGCCUGACUUCGACGGGGAGGAGGAGGUUCCAGCUGUCACUGACACCGGACGUCCUCGGCGCGCUGCUGCUCCAACUUUCGGAGAUUCAAAUGAUGGUCAAAGUGCGAAGGAAACUGAGCCGAUUGAAAAGCCUGCCUCUCGACGUGGUGGCCGACUUGGCGGCGCUCGUGCCCCAAAGCGCAACAAGACGACCGAGAAGGAACAGCGAUCUCAGGGACCAGCACUUCCACCACCGCCGCCUCCGCCACCGCCGCCGCAAAGCAAUCCUCCCCUCGCUGCAAUUCCGAAAAUGGAAUUCGGUAUGGAUGGAACGAUGGACGCUGUUAUGCCUCCAGAUCGAGAAAUGAGCGACAGAGAGGCCCAGAUGCCCGCUUCACGACCCAGGGCUGGACGUGGGAGAGCAAAGGAGGGCGUGUAUGUCUUUGAAUCUACAGAAACUGAUCCAGCUAUGACACCUAAACAGCUGGAGACUGGAUAUGGAUCGUUACAACCGACAAGUUACUGGUCUGUUCCUGAGCAACGCGAUUUCCCUCGAUUGCUUGCGCACUUUGGUCGUGAUUUUGAAGGCAUUUCGAACUUCAUGAAGACUAAGACGACGGUGAUGGUAAAAAACUACUAUCAGCGCCGACUCGAUUCAGGACAGAAAGACUUCGAAGAGCUUUUGUUGAUGGCGGAGGAUAAGAAAUCUCGCGGCGAGCCGACUGGACCUCUUCCCGUGCCUAGCGUUGCUCCUAAGCGACGUUAUGAGGCAACCCCGUCCACCAUUGUUCCUCGCCCUCUUGCUCCUCAUGGGGAUUUGAUGACCGAGGCAGAUGAGAUGAGGUUUUCCUCCAAGGGCAAACCCCUUGCCAUGUCUCCUCAGCCGAUGCCACUCCACGGUCGCCCCCUGUCCGAGAGUGAGCGAGGUCCUAAUCGUUACCCGACAUUGGCACAAGCAUCUACUGCGGCUUCGGUGCCCACGGGUUCCACGAAUCUUGGUGACGAGACCCGUGCCAUGCGGGGACAUCCAAAUCGGAUGUCGGGCCCACGGUUAGGAUAUUUUACUGAGGAUCGUCGGGAUUCUUCAAUGCUACCUCACUCGAGCUCGCGCGGCCAAGACAUGCAAAUACCGUCACGGCAUACUCCUUCAUCAUCUACUCCCUCGGAAAUGGCACGGAUGGAUCCUCUGUCCGGGCAGGCCUACAUGGCUGCCCAGGCCCCGCCUUCUCUUCUCCCCCCUACCCAUUCACGCCAUACCAGCCUCACCCAAGCCCCUGGCUCGCCAACGCAAUUGCCUCGACCCGAGCUUGACAUUUCUUCUGUUCAUCGUGAUCCCUUCGGACAGCGACAGUACUACUCGCUUUCAGGUCAGCCCGGGGGUCUUCAGUCGCCGCGCCCUGUUCUGUCUCCUACUAAAGAUGUCCCACGGCUGAGCGGUACUCCGGCCCCUGACUCCAAGGUGCCCGCUAAACGUUCCAAUAUCAUGAGCAUUCUCAAUAACGAGCCAGAGGAACCUCAGCCUCGGAAGCGGUUCGCGAGUGAAGCUCCAUCUGCCCCAGCUUCUGUGGCAUCGGUUCCGCGCUCUGUUUACCAAGGCAUGGGCGCGACUCGGGUAGAUGAGACUGCCAUGUCCGGUGCGACGACGAACUCUGGCUACGGGCAGCCGGGCCAGUAUCAAACCUCAUCCCGUGGAUAUCAGGAAUACUCUAGCUAUGGACCUCCUCCUGGUAGCUCUGGAACAUCGGCAACCAGCGACUGGAUGGCGCGUUUCGAUCCUCGGGCACAGCAAGCAGGCUCACAAUCACAACCGCCACCCCCUUCGCAGCAGAAUAGUCGCUCAGCCGGAUCGCUGGCCUCCCAGAAUGCAUACUCACACUAUGCUACUGCUCCGUCCCAGUCGGCCGGUCAAUUGAGCGGCCUUGCCGUCCCAUCCCCUGCGCCAACGCCGCCACCAGGUUCUCAACGGCCUGCUUACCCAAGUGUGUUUUCUCAACCAUCCGCUGGCCAGGGACAUGCGUCAUCGAGUUCCCGGGACUUGACUUCCCAACCUCAAGCCUAUCGACCUGUAUCUCCAUCUUCAAGGGCAAGCAGCGUCGCUUUUGGCUCUCGACAGGACCCUCCUACCCCGGGUCAGCCUUCGGCAAACUUGUAUGGUAUUCCGCCCCGUCCGUCCGGCGCAUAUUCCCCUGCCACCCCGUCUACACCGGCCUCCGCACAACCACUCAGUCAAAGCUACCAGCAACACGUACAGACCUUUGUGAACGGAACACACCGCUCUACCCCUGUUAGCUUAACUGGCGGUUCUUCAGCGUAUGGACAUAGCACCCCUCCUCCGCAAAGUCAAAACGGUCGAUCCAUGCCAUCACUCUCGGGUCUUGCACGAUCGUACACUCCGCCAUCAGGAAUGCAUCCUUCGAUGAGCGGCAGUAGUAUGGGCUAUGCGCCACCUCAAGCGUCGGCUGCGGGAACGAUGCAGUCUCUUCACCAACGGCCUGCAGGACCAGGUUCGUUGGGUGAACCGACAUCUACACCAAACCAUCAUCGCGUUUACAGUCAAGGUUCAAUGCAAGGCGGUAUACCACCAUUGCAUCCGCCAUCGCAGCCACCUCGCUAA